UGACGUCAGUCGCGGCUGCGCACCGGCCGCCCGGGGUGAAUUCCAGGCGGGCGGCCAGUUCGGGUCCGGCCGCCGACGGUGGUCUGUGUCGCUCCGUUCUGUGUCCGUGUGUCUCGCGUUGUGCAGCCGGCCGGGUCCCGCGGGGUGCUGAGCGCCGAGGUCCCAGCCGCGCACACACACAACCAUGGCGCAGAACGCCAACCCGGACUUUGUGGAGCGCAAGGAGGGCAACCAGGUGUUGCACGUGCGGGAGAACUCGGACUCGCUGAUGAACUCGCUGUUCGACUCGGUGCUGAAAAAGCAGGAGCCGAGCAUGCCGCUGACGGUGCCGCUGAGCAUGCGGAAGCUGCCCAAGUCGUUCUUCAACCCUCCGCAGCACGGCUCCAAGUCGCCGUCCAUCUCUCACAGCCGUAACUCGUCCACGGAUUCGACUCCCGCUCCGGGCCAGGCGCUGCACAUGCGGGCUCACUCGUCUCCGGCCACGCUGCAGCAGACGUACGCGGCCGCACAGCAGCUGCAGCAGCACGCCCACCUCAAACAGCAGAGCUACGACUUCACCGACAGUCUGGGCCCGCUGCCCGAGGGCUGGGAGCGCGCCUGCACCAGCCAGGGACUUACCUACUUCAUCAACCACCUCACCCAGACCACCACUUGGGACGACCCGCGGAAGAAGCCCGGCCAGGGAGCGCCCGAGGGCAGUCAGGACGCGUCUCCGGCCGGACCUGUCACCUCCUCUGCCGGCGACACCGCCGCAGCGAGAGAAGGUGCGACGGUGCCGGUCUCACAGUCUCAGCAGCAGCCGCCUCCGCCGCCGCCGGCGCAGCAGCAGCAGCAGCAGCUUCAGCAGCAGCUGCAGCAGCUGUCGGUGGACGCAGCCGGCGCGGACGGCGCCUGCCAGCCGCUGGGCCCGCUGCCCGAGGGAUGGGAGCAGGCCGAGACGGACGAGGGAGAGGUGUACUUCAUCGACCACCGCACCCGGCACACAUCCUGGUUCGACCCCAGAAUACCGGAGCAUCUUCAGCGUCGAGCGGCCGUUCAGCUGCAGCAGGCGGGGAUGUCACCGCAGGCCCUCCAACAACGGCAGCAGUCUCUGAGGCUUCAGCGGCUUCAAGUGGAACGCGAGAGGCUCAAGAUCAGACAGCGUCAGGUCAUGAAACAGCUGGGAGGCGAGCAGCGGCCGGCCGGUGCAGCCGGAGACGAGGACGCUUCCGGAGCCCUGCGACACCCCCUGCUAGCCGAGGGAGCGGCCAAGUCGGCCGCGCUCGAUCCUUUCCUGGCCGGAUCGGGUGCCGCGGCCGACUACCACAGCCGGCAGGAGUCGGCAGACAGCGGCGUGGGGCUCAACUCGACGGGCAGUCUGCCGCGCACCCCGGACAACCUGCUAAGCACCGCCGUCGACGACCCCAUGGACGCUGCCGACGACCCGUCCAGCCUGCAGCUGCCACCCGGAGACCCCGGCUCCGGUCCCGCCGCCAUGAUGGAUGCCCCCGACAUCGCCCAGCUCGGUGGCGAAAACAUGGACUCGGACGAGCUCAUGCCGAGCAUACAGCAGCUGGACGGCGAGGGUCUCAUGUCCAACGAGUUCCUCAAUGACGUCACCUCCAUCAUCGACGCCAACCGACUGGAGAACGGCCACACCUGGCUCUGAAGGCGACUCACCGCGCCGACACCUGGACAGGUGGCGCUACCGUGCAGUGCAGACAGCACAGGUGGCGCUGCUGUUGCGGUACAUUCGACAAAGACGAUGCCGCUGUCGGUGAAGGGCCACAGGCAGCUCAAGUGAGGCCCAGAGUUGCCAGCCGGCCAGUGCUCGGAGAUGACACCCUAUUCAGGUGUCGCGGAACUGUCUGCCAGAGUAGUGAGAGCAGCGCGAACCGCACGGCGCGCCAGGACUUGGACUGUGGUCUCAGUGCAUUUCAUCCACGGCUUCGGUGGACAUUGCGCGUUUUUAUGCGUUUAUUCUUGUGUUUAUUUGUUUUUCGUUUUGUCCCGAGUUAGCCCUUGUUUGCGCUGUACGUCGGAUGAAUGUGACCGUUUUGCGCGGAAGCAUGGAAGAGAUAACGCGACUACACGAUGAAAUUCAAGACUUAUCUCGCACCUUUUGCCGUAGAAGCGGGGUGAAAAAACAAGCGAGACUUGGACAGUAUUGCGAAUGAAAUGCGUCGCAAUCAAGUGUGAUGGAUUCUUAGACGGUGACAGCUGCUGGGCUGCUAGAGACGGUGACGUGCUGCAGUGUUUGACGUUAUUGCCCUGUGUUUGUUGCCAUCUGUUUGUGAGCCCUUCUGGAUGAUAAAGCCUGUCCCUUGCUUUGCCCGGGCGGGACCCAGCUUCGUGAUUCGAUCGCAUAGUUUGUCAAUUCUAGGCGGAGGACAGGUAACGCGUGAAAUUCUAUGCAUCGUUAAAGCUCAUCCAGUGUUCUGGAAAUAUUCGAAUCGGGAGAGCCGUAUAUCUUUUGGAUACAUUUAUGACUGAAGUUCCUGAAGGGUUUGUGUGUGCGGCUAGAGAAUUGGCUGCUAGGUCAAUCAUGUCAAUCAAAACCUCUUGUCCUGGAGGCCUUUCCAGAGCUGCCUUGUGGCGCGGCGCCGGCGCCGCCGGCCGCCGGUGUUGUGUUUUGGCUUGUUGGCCGUGUUUGUGACGCCGUUAUCGGGCAGCGAGUGCUAUUGAGGAUCUCUGUUGGAUUUUGGAACUGAAGAGCGCUUCCGCGGUCAUCCGAUUGUGAGCGGGGAGGGCGCUCCAUCUGUCUCUGUGUGGACUGCACACUGUGUGUGGCAGGGGAUGAGAGGGGGGAAGGGGCGUCUAGGAGAGUGUCUGAGCUAAAAUUCCGCCGUCCCCAGUGGCUCGAUGUGUCUAGGACUGGUUCCGUCGGAAGAAGGGUCGGGCUCUAUCGCAUCAUUUUCUUUCCAGCUACUGACAGUCCUGACGUGAAAGCGAGUGACGUAAAGAUUUGUGCACUGAAGUGGCCUUCAAUGUUGGAGGAUGUGACGUUUGUCUAAAAGGUUUUGUUUUUAUAAUUAGUCAGCAGUUCAUGUUGCGUUGCAUCCUUAGCUUGCUGACUCGCAAGCUUUUUGAGAUUGCAAACUGCGUUUUGGGUUAAUCCCUCGGUAUUGCGACAAUAUCUUGAUGACUUGAGUGACUUCUUUUGGCUUAUUGACAUUGCUCCUUGACAGCCAUUUUACUUAAUGUUUUAACAAUGCAGCUUUCAGCUCUGCCAUCAUUAUCUGGCUGACCAAGAAUCACUUUUUCUGUGUGUUGCACCAACUGCUAUUUGCUCGUUCUGUUCACACCAAACCAAAUCAUGCUCCCUUACUAGCCGUCCAGAGAGUUCAGAGUGCCUUUGAAGGUGGACCAUCAUGAUCGUAUCAAAUGAUAAUGCCAUGUAACAUCCAGAAGAACUUUUCCAACCCUGCUCGCGGACUGUACGAGUCUGAAGAGUAAACGCGGAGGUUUCCCGUCGUUCCUACCACUGAACCAGCCCAAUCACCGCUGUGGGCCUCUGCUGCCUCCCAGCAUCCUACCACCGUGUCUGUGCUAACUCACUGCUAACUCACUGAGUGUACACCCGCUCACUCACUCUCAACUCGUCUCCUCACUCCACUCUCACUCCGCCCUACUUCCGCCGUCUGUGUGUCUGUGAGUGCCCGCCGUCCGCUGCGGUCCGUCCCGGGCGUCAGAUGUGUGUCCGGUCCUUGGUGACUGAUGUGAUGAUGUGGAACCGGCACCUGCCGGAGGCUGCAGCUAAGCUGGGACGCUGUGCGUAUCCGCCGGACGCGCAGCCGAUGCCAUAUUUGGUGAGCGAGUGACGCUGCGUGUGUGUGAGAUGUGCUCAUCUGAUCUGUUGACAAUAAGGAGGACUGUACAUAAUACACACACUGGGAGGCGUGACUA